AUGGCGCCGCGAGGCGGCGGCCGUCCCGGCCCGCAGGCGCUGAUGCGGGGCUCGCCCGGGCUGCCCGGGCUGCUGCUCCCGCUGCUUGGCUGCUGCUGCUCGCUGCCGGGCGCGGCCGGCUGGAGGACGUGGGACCAGCUGCCCAACGCCCCCGCCUUCGUCCACUUCGGGAAGUUCUGCUUCGACUACAAACCCAGCGAGAACGAGCAGGCGGGGCGAUUCGACUUCACGCUGUGGGGCAGGGUCCGGAGCGGCCCACUCGCGGAUCUAGGGGUCGAGAGCACGAAGGGCGCGCCGUGCUGGGGGCCCUGCGACCCGAGUGGCAACCUCUACCUCGUCGUCUUCGACGACGAGGAGGACAUGGACCACUGGAAGCAGGCCCUGGACCACUGGCACACCAUGGGGUGCAGGCAGAUGCUGGAGUACGCCUCCUGGGCCCAGAACAUCAGCGAGUUCGACGGGCAGUUCAACAGGACCGUGUCCGUCCACGAGGAGACGCGCCCGCGCUUCUGGUACUUCGCGUUCGCGGCGUGCGGGGUGGACAUCGUGGAGCCCGUGACCUACGAGGUCCACGCGGAGAACAUGCUGCAGGGCCCUCUUCAGAGCGAGUUCGGCCUCGACGAGAAGGGCGCGCCCUGGCUGCAGCUGGCCGCCGCCGUGCUGUUCGUCGGCCUCGCGCUGGUGCUGCGGCAGGUCGCGCGGACGGCCACCGGCGCCGAGGCGUUGCGGUCCCGGCCGCUCCUGCGGAUGCUGGUGCUGUCGGCGAUGUGCUCCGCAGCGGGGGCGGUUUGCUUGUCCCUUCACUUCUUAGUGUUCAUGAACAACGGGUACGGCUUGGCCCCGCUGGAGGUGCUUGGGCAGCUGUGGGUCAGCAGCGCCAAGGCUUUGCUGACGCUACUCCAGCUGCUGACUGCCAAGGGCUGGGCCCUGUUUUACGCGCCCGAGGAGCUCGUGCAGAGGCGACUCAUGAUCGCCAUCCUGGCCGGGAUCGUUUUCACGUCCGUCGCGUGCGAGGUCCACGCGCAGUAUUUCCACGACUGGAGCACCGCCGUCUACCUCUACGAGAGCUGGCCGGGGAUGAUCAUAUUACUGCUCAACUUGAUUCUCUUCGCGGAGGCGUGGCGCUCCAUGCGGGAGACGUAUCAGCACGAGACGUCGGAGGAGGUCCGCGUCUUCUACAUCAUGAUAUCGUCCGCGUCCUUCCUGUAUUUUUUGACGCUGCCGUUGAUGUGCAUCUUGGCCGCCUUCGUCAGACCAUGGGUGCGGGCCAAGUACGUUUCCCGAACGGAGGUGGCCUCCAGAUUCAUCGCGACGGUGAUACUGUCGCUCUGCCUCAAGCCUUCGCGGCUGGACGCGAUGGUGAACGCGAGGCUGGAGGACGGGCUCGAGACCGUGGGCGAGCCGCAGGACGACAGCCCGGCGGAGGACGACGACUACAACUACGACGACGAGGAGGAGCUGCGGAAGCCCGUGCUGAAGUGCCAGCUCGAGGAGGACAGGCAGGAGAGGGAGGCCGGCUUCCGGCAGGGCGGGGUCGGCGGCCCCGCCGAGUGA